AUGAAAUGGAGAAACCAAGAGGACAUCGAGGAGUCAUUUGGAAUUCCCAAACCAACAACAUCUCCUGAAACUCCAGUAGAGAAGAUCCUCGAAGAGUUGGGCACUUGGAUUUACUUUAAUCAACACAGCCAAAACAGAGAGUCAUUAUUUGCAAGAGUAGAUGACAAAUUGGUGAUUUUUGUUGGGGACUCGUCAACAUACUUUAUCUUAUCUGAUGACGAAGGAAUAUCUCGAUUCGUUGAAGGCCAUUUAAGAUGUGCUGUCUCUGUAUUGGAUUUAACACUCUAA